UGUACUUCUAUUAUAAGGACCUGACAGAGCUCAAUCUCUUCUAAAAAUCUUCAUUUGUGUUCUGCUGAAGAAAGACAGUCAUACACAUCUGGAAUGGCAUCAGGGUCAGAGGAAGUUAUAAACCACAGGAAGGGCUGAUAAUGUUUAAAUGAAGAACAGUAACUACAUCAUGAAGAGAAAGACUGACAGAGACUGAAAAUGUCUAAUAAGUGUCACAUAUGUCUGCUGGUGCUGACAAUUCUCUGCUCACUUCUCAUAGGUAUCAGUGGAGUGAAAGACACUCAUGUGUUCUGCAGUUCUGGUGAAAAUGUCAUUCUGCCCUGUAAUAAUGCCCGUUCUGACUGCAACACAACUGCAUGGAACUAUAAUAGAAAUAGAAAUUCAGAGACAUUUGAACUGUUUGCUGGAGGGAUGAAGAAGAAUAACACAGAGAGACAUGAGAGACUGAGUCUGGGGUCUGACUGCUCUCUGAACAUCUAUAAAGCCUCAAAAGAAGAUUAUGGAUCUUACACCUGUCAGCAAUAUGUGAAUGGACAUCAACAAGGAAAUGAUGCACGUGUUUAUCUGCAUGUUCUUCACGUUUCUGUUUCAGUCUCUCCAUCAUCCACACAGACUGAGAUAAGACCAGGCCGCUCUGUGACUCUCUCCUGUCAGUUGAUUUUAUAUGAUGGAGUUUUGUGUGAUACUUUGGUCAGUUUUGAGAGAAUUCAGCUGUUGUGGGUGAAUCAGAUUGGUGUUGAUCUGCAGAAAGACUCCAGAUAUCAGAUAUCAUCAGGACACUGUAUCAGCACUCUGACUACAACACUCCUGAAUGAAGACAACAACAGAGAGUGGAGAUGUCAAGUUAAUAACGGAACUAAAGUGGAGACCUCAGUUAGCUAUUCUGUCAAGUAUUUGGCUCCAACUGAUACAACAUCUGUGAGUUCAGUCACCACCCCAAACAUUGCAACUUCUACAACUAUAUAUAACAAACUAUCUUCAGUCUCCACCCCAGUCUCUGAAAGGACCUCAACUUCCAAAGCACCAGUAUCUCCAUCACAACAAGUGAUUGUGAUUGUUGUUGUGAUUGCUGCAUUAGCUGUUCUCCUUCCUGCUGUUCUUCUAUGUGUGAUCCUGAAAAAGAGAGCUGGUAAUAGAAGAGAGGUUCACUCCAAUUCUUCCCCAGGUGCAAAUGAGCAGACCACUGUUGAGUUCAUUCUGAUGAUAAAGUGACUUACGCUUCCAUCAGAGGAGCAACAGCUGGACCCCACGGAGGACUGCAGUGAACUUUAUACCACACUGAACAAGAUUGUUUGCAAAUAAAUCAAACAAACAAACAAGCAGUUAAUAAUUACACAAAGCAACACCGCAUGACCCUAAAAUAUAAAAUAUAUAAAAUAAAAUAUAGAGAAAUAUGAACCUUGUAAAAUGUAUUCCAAACAGUUUAAUUCAAUGCCAUUACAAAUAUUGUAUUUCAAAUGUUUAUCUAGCAUUUUGAUGUCUAGGGAUUUGUCUCGAGGUCUGACCCUCACUUUAAAAUAAUGGUCCAAAUCAUUAGUAAUUUCUUCAUAUUUACGUGCUAACAUUUGAUUAAUUACUUAUGGGUUACCAAAAUUAUUUUAAAAAGACCCCCAGCAAUAUCUAACAUGCCGAAGUUAAUAAUUUGUAAUGAACAGAAGAGAUAUCCCAAGGAAUACACAGGUUGGGCACAUACAUCCCUAUAUUUCUGUAAGGUAAGCUGACUAUGAUACUCUACCAGACACUGUAGUCUUGAUUUAGAGAGCUAUUACGUUCAAUAAUUAAUUUCCACAAAGAACGCAUGUGAGACGCAUGUUUCUCUGAAGGCGCAUUUCAUGAUCUUGUUCACAAUAAAAACAUAAUCAUUCAAAUUUUAGACACAUGUUAAUGUUUUGAUUAGUAAUUAAUUAGUAGUUAUUUUUUAAUAAGCCAUAAUUAGUUAAUAGUUCUCAAUGAGGCAAAUCAAAUUCAGUAAUUAUUGAUUACCUAACAGUGAACUACCUCAGUCAUCAGUUCACUAUUACUUACUGAUUAGUUAAUCAUGUUUCCUAUUAGUUAAUAGUAGUAACUAAAGUGUUAAUGUAGUACUACUCAUUUGUCCUGCAUUAAUUCCUGCAUAAUUACUUAUUAAUGACAGACCAUUAUUAUAAAGUGUUACCAAGAAUUCUGUAGCAAAGUUUGAUUCUGUUUUUGCUAAUACAACAAGUUGAAUAUGAUUUGAUUUUUUAAAAUAAAUAUAGAAUCAAAUUAUUGCUCUCACUUUAAUAUUUAUAUUAAAGUGAGAGCAAUAUAAAUACCAGUUCAAUUGUCUGAUGUUCUCACACUCUAAUGAGAGGGCACUUGCUUGCUUAUUCCACCUGACAAGGGUAAUACAAAAGCAACCCCCUGCUUGUUUCAUGUAUAUCUUCAUACACUUUAGCCUAUGUAAUGGAGAGCCCCAUCUGUGAGUCCCAACCACUCUCCUGGAGGAUCACAUGAGCCCCUGAACUUCCACUGUUGUUGCAUGAUCUCAUAUGAAUCAGAAGCGCCCCCUCUUGAAAACCUAAACACCAUGGAGAAACCUGUAGUUUCAUCACUAAACUCAGCAAAAUGCUAUGGAGGGCCCCUUCCUCCAUCUUCCGGCCCAUGAGCCCUUUGAGGUCCACUGUUGUUAACAUCACCUCUAACCAAGAUGUAAAUACUACAAGGGACUGAGUUAUUGCACAACAGUUACAUGAAAGUUACAUGUUUAUAACUGAAUCAAAAUCAUUUAAUUGAGAAAGUUUACUGAUGACAGAAUGUUCUCCAUAAUUUCAAAGGCAGAAGUCAACAAUAACAGGUUGACAAUGAAUUCAUGGACCUAACCCCUUUUUCUUUUAUUGUGUACUGUAUUUCAUUUUCUUAUCUCUUAUCUUAUUGUAUGCACUUAAAGUACAUAUGUAUGUAUCUAGUGGUUUCUAAAUGUUGUUU